AUGGGAAAACAAUUGAUCCUUCUCUCCGUUCUCCUUGUGUUGGGGCAUCCGGUUCUGGCCAAGAAAGGCAGCCAUAGUGGAAGCAGCAGUGGGAGCAGCACCAUGGAGGAGAUUGCAGCAGACAAGAAGGAGUGUGACAUCUCUCCAAAUAAGAGAAGGAACUGUGGAAAUCCGACCAUCAGCAAGGAGGAUUGCAGCAUGAGGAAAUGUUGCUUUGAUUCCAGCAUUCCCGGUGGAAACCGGUGCUUCUUCUCCAAGUCACAAGAUGAAGAUCAGUGCUGCGUAAGCACCAAGCAGCGGACAGACUGUGGCCAUCAUGGAAUUAGCGCUAAGGAUUGCUAUGACAGUGGAUGCUGUUUUGAUUCGAGCACUCCCGGGUUCAACUGGUGCUUCUACCCGGAAUACAAAGGAUGCUCUGUCAGCCACAAAAUGAGGAAGGACUGUGGAUAUUCCAACAUCAGUUCCAAGGACUGUCUCUCCAAAGGCUGCUGCUACGAUUCCAGCAUUCCCGAGACCAUCUGGUGCUUCUACGGACAUAGAGAGCACCACACUUCGACUUGGCUGCACAGGAGAACAACGAUGGAGCGCUACACCAUUUGCUUGCUGGUGGCCGGCCUUAUCAUAGGGAGUCAGGCAUACCUUCCGGUGAACUAUAAGUGCGGAGUCCAACCCAAAUCGAGAGACAACUGUGGCGACCCCAUGAUCACAGAGGAGGCGUGUCUGAAGAAGGGUUGUUGCUAUGACAAUUCAGUGAUGGACAGUAUCUGGUGCUACACUCCAUGGAAAUUCGAAGCCACCGAGUGCAAUCCAGCAGGACCCAAGGCCAGAGUGAACUGCGGGUACAAUGGCAUCUCAGAGAAGGACUGCACAGACAAAGGAUGCUGCUUCGACGACGCCAUCCCCCAAGUGGUGUGGUGUUACCAGCCAGAAAUUCAAGCAGUGGAACACGACUGCGACGCUGUAUUGCCCCAUAAGAGGGCCAACUGUGGACCACCCGGCGUCAACCCUGAAGAGUGCAUGCAAAAUGGAUGUUGCUUUGACAGCAGUGUGAAUGGUGUACCAUGGUGCUUCAAGCCUCAGGUUAAGACAGAGACCAUCCAGUGCGCCGUGAUGCCCAAACAGAGAGUCAACUGCGGCUUCCACGGCAUUGACAUGGACCAGUGUUACAAGAAGGGCUGUUGCUUCGACUCCAGCGACCCUGAUGCCGCAUGGUGCUUCUACCCAGACAUCACAAAUGGUAAUGUAGUCCAAGACUGA